AUGAUUGCCAUUGGCAUGGAGGGCUCCGCCAACAAGAUUGGUAUCGGCAUUAUGUCACAUCCCAAAGAUGGCAGCCCACCACAAGUCCUCGCGAACAUUCGACACACCUAUGUUUCCCCACCUGGAGAAGGCUUUUUGCCCAAAGAUGUGGCCCGUCACCACCGGACAUGGGUUGUCAACCUAGUGAAGGGAGCCCUCAAGGAGGCUCGAGUGUCGGUCGAGGAGGUCGACUGUAUCUGCUUCACCCAAGGACCUGGAAUGGGUGCCCCGCUACAAGCUGUCGCAAUUGCGGCGCGCAUGCUGAGUCUUCUUUGGGGCAAGGCAUUGAUCGGUGUGAAUCACUGUGUAGGACACAUCGAAAUGGGCCGUCUGAUUACCGGCGCAACCAACCCUGUCGUCCUAUACGUUUCUGGCGGCAACACACAAGUGAUCGCAUACAGCUCUCAAAGAUACCGAAUUUUCGGCGAAACUCUCGACAUCGCCGUUGGCAACUGUUUGGACCGAUUCGCGCGCACACUACACAUAUCCAAUGAUCCGUUCCCGGGUUAUAAUAUCGAGCAACUUGCCAAGCAAGGCAAGCAACUAGUGGAUCUCCCAUAUGUAGUGAAGGGCAUGGAUGUCUCGUUUUCUGGAAUUUUGGCUGCUAUUGAUUCCUUGGCGGCGACGUUGGGGUUAGGAGGGGAAGAACGCGCGAGAGAAGAUGCCGAGAAGGCCUCAAACGUGGAGCAGACAAGCCAAGACCAAGACUCCGACUCCGACAACAAACCUACUCGUGCGGAUCUAUUACUGAGCGUGCAAUGGCACAUGUUGGAUCUCAAACAAGUUCUUAUCGUUGGUGGUGUGGGCUCCAACGAACGACUACAAGAGAUGAUGGGUAUUAUGGCGCGGGAUCGUGGUGGUAGCGUUUAUGCCACGGAUGAACGCUUUUGCAUCGAUAAUGGAAUCAUGAUCGCGCAAGCUGGAAUGCUGGCUUAUCAGUCCGGCUUCCGGACUCCUCUAAAGGACUCUUCUUGCACACAGCGAUUCCGAACGGAUGAAGUGCAUGUCAAAUGGCGGGAGGAUUAA